UUCAUACUUGUGUCUCAUUCGUGAACUCUUGUCUAAAGAUCAACUUUCAACAACGACAAUCAGAAUGGAUAUGAUGUGUGUUCCCUGGUUGGAAAAAUUGCUAUCAAUCACUACAUUUUUCACAGUAUGUGAUGUCCACUCAAGCAAGGUGAAAAAUGAGUGUAACAUGUUUUGCAUCGAUUGCAUUGACAAUCCAUAUUGUGGAUCUUGCAUAACAUCUCAUCACAAUGAUCACCGUGUAAUCCAAAUAAGAAGAUCAUCUUAUAAUGAAGCAAUUAAGACCACUGAUAUUUAUAAACUUCUGGACAUCCUUGGAAUUCAAACCUACAUGGUUAAUAGUUGUGCAGUCGUAUUCAUAAACAAGAGAGAAUAUGGUCAACUGAAGAGGAACAAAAUUGGUUACAUGAGUCACUCUCUUUGCAAGAUAUGCAAAAGAAGUCUCAUAGAUCCUACUUACUUUUGCUCAUUGGCGUGUAAGUUUGAAUCGAUAAAAAAGGACGGUGGCUUUUUCAUAAGCGCAAAAGAUAGGGAGGAAAUGAAAAGAUUAUUAGAGAAAUCAAUCAAGGAAACCCCACAAAAUGAAAAGUCAAACAAAUCAAGGGAACAAUAUCUGAAACGAAAAUUAGAAGAAGCAGGAAUUGACGAAGAACAUGAUAAAGAGGAGGAAGAGAAAGAAUUAGAGGAAGAAAAUAAAAAAGAGGUUGAAGAAGAAGAUCACAACAAAGAAAGUGUGGUUCCGAUCAAUCCUCCAUCGGCUUCAAAACGCAAGCCAAAUUCAAGAAGAAAGGGAAUACCUCACAGGGCACCCUUUUUUUAAGGUUGUUAAUCAAGGAAUAGAAAGAUAUUUAAAGAAUAUCAUAUGAUAUAGAUUUGUACCUCUCAUGAUAAUAAAUUUAUUUAGAACAUUGAA